UAAAUAAUAUUUUGUGCUAGUGCUUAAGUGAAUAAUAAUGUUCUUUUAAGAAAUGGUUACUAUGAAAUAUUUAUUUAUUACUGCAUUAAUCGCAGUAAUUUUUAUCAAUGCAGCAAAUCCAUCUCCGGUGCUUGAAAAAGCGCAAUCAUACCGUUUAAAUAACAAAGUGAAUCCAAUCAAUUAUAAAAUUGACUUGACUACAAAUUUAAAAGAAUUAAAAUUCAAUGGAGAAGUUAAUAUUAAAUUCGAAGCUCUAGAAGCAACUAACACAAUUCGAUUUCAUGCAGUAGAUUUAAAAUUCACAUCGUUGGUAUUGGAGUCCGAAAGUCCAUCUACACCGUUAGCAUUAAAUACAAAUGAUCCGCAGUACCAAGAAGCGGGACAAUUUUGGGAGCUUAUAUUAGAAAACGAUUUAAUUGCAAACAGCAAAUAUUCAUUAAUAAUAAAAUUUGAAGGAGUUAUGAAAGAAGGAGACAAAGAGGGUAAAGGCUAUUAUUUCCUCAAGUAUAAAUCUGAAGACAAAGACAAAAUAAUAGCCAUAACUCAAUUUGAACCGAUAUAUGCCCGAAAAGUUUUUCCAUGUUUCGAUGAACCUGAGCUAAAAGCAACAUUUGAUAUUACACUCCAACAUGAUAAAGACUACAUUGCGUAUUUCAAUUCAAAAGUAGCUUCAAAAACAGAGACACAGACGAGAGAUGAUGGAGCAGUUACCACUUUUAAACAAACUCCUGUUAUGUCCACAUAUUUAGUAGCAUUUGCAUUAGUGCCAUCAAGUGAUUUUGAUUUAAUUGUCGCUGAUGAAAAGGAUAGCAGAACCCAAAUAUUAAUACGCAAAAAUAUUGAUAAGGAACAACUUAAAUAUCUAUUACCCAAAACUUCAAGUUACUUACAAGAAUUUGAAAAACUUACAGGAGUUAAGUAUGACGAAACUUUAGGGAAAAUUACACAUUUGAGUAUUCCAAAUCAUGCAACCGGUGGUAUGGAAAACUGGGGCUUAAUUGUUUAUGGGGAAGAUGGCGUGGUAUAUAAUCAUUCAAUUGACCCAUUUUCAAAAAAAUUUGGUAGUCAAAGAGUUAUUGCUCAUGAAUUAUCACAUCAGUGGUUUGGUAAUUUGGUAACACCAGCAUGGUGGACAGAUUUAUGGUUAAAGGAAGGUUUUGCAUCAUACUUCGAAUACAUUAUCAUGGACGCUGCUGAACCAGGCGAAUAUGGCACAUUAAAUGAAUAUUUAGGUCAAGUUCACCACAAAUUCUUUAAAAAUGAUUCUUCUAAAAAUGGUCGUGCUAUGGAUAAAUCUGUAGUAAAACCAGAAGAUAUUGAGAAUAACUUUGAUGUUGUUCAAUAUGAAAAAGGUGGGCAGUUGUUGCAAAUGUUGGAAAAUAUUAUUGGAACUGAACUAUUUAGAAAAGGAAUUCAAAAUUAUGUUGAACUAAAUAAAUAUAAAUCAGUAACACCAGACAAUUUAUGGGUAGCAUUACAAGAAACUAUUGAUAACUCUACAUCCCCAAAAAAAAUUUUGGCAGAUAAAAAAAUAUCAGAUAUUGGAAAAUCAUGGAGUAAAGCUGGUUACCCAGUAAUUCAUGUUGCUAUAGACAACGAUAAUAAAAAACUUAAAUUUACCCAGAAACGGUUCUUAACUGAUUCGAAGAAAACAUCUAGAAGUCGUUGGAUAGUUCCAAUUAAUUUUAUAACAGACAAAACUGAAACCAAAGACAUCGGGAAUACAGCCCCCACACAUUGGCUUGAAGGGAAAACGCUAGAAGUUGACUCCGGAGACAUCAAAUUUGUGAUUGCAAAUAAUGAACAGACAGGGUAUUAUCGAGUAAAUUAUGAUGAUUCUAAUUGGAAAGCAAUUAGUGAUCACUUAAACACAGAAGAAGAACCAGUUGUAUCUACAGUAACUCAAGCUCAAUUAUUGGAUGAUGCGUUUACAUUUGCUGAAAAUGGUGAUCUGAAAUAUGAGGUUGCAAUUGAUUUAACACGAUUUUUAGAAAAUGUUGAUGAAUUUUUCCCUUGGAAAUCAACUGCAGCUUAUUUGAUUAACUUAUAUGAUAAAAUUUCCAUGACACCAACUUUAGAAAAAUAUCAAAAAUAUUUAGGUAAAAUUACCAAGAAAGCUUUUGAAAAAGUAUCAUUUCAAAGUGAAUAUCAAAAAAAUGCAGAUGGCUUAUUACAAGAAAAAUUAUUACCACUUGUCGUUCGUGCCUAUAGUUCUGAAUUCAUUGCAAAAUCCGAAGAAAUAAUGAAUGAACUUAAAGAUGAGACUUCGAAGGUCUUAAAGAAAUUUCAACGUUACGUCUUCUGUGGUGCUGCUACUAAAGAGUUUGAAUAUUUAAUGGAGCAAUUAAAAGCAAAAGAGACUAAACAUGAUGCAGAUGAUAUUUUAUUUGGAUUGUCGUGCUUAUCAAACAUUGACAAUAUUGAAAAAGUUUUGCAAGCGACAGACGAUAAAUUUGGAUUUGUAAAAUUUGUUGCUGAAAUAAAUCCAUUAAUCAUUUACGAACAUAACGAAAUAUUUAAAGCCGCUGUUACCGAUGAAGACGAAAUUCACAAGAUUAUGGAAAUCCUCGCAGUUCGUAUUGGUACAGAAGAUCAACUACAAAAAUUAACAGAGUUAAACCAGGAAGAAUAUAAAGACUUAUUGAAAUUAGCAGGAGAAAAUCAGAAAUGGAACAAAGAUAACGAAGAUUUUCAUAAUUGGGUUAAAGAGAAUGUAGAUCCUUCAGAUCCGUCAGAAUCAACUCCAGGGGUGACUCCAGAGCCUCCACCAGAAUCAACUCCAGGGGUGACUCCACAGCCUCCACCAGAAUCAACUCCAGGGGAGACUCCAGAGCCUCCACCAGCUGGUGCAUUAAGUGUUACAAUAUGUUUAAGUAUGUUGGUAUCUACAGUAAUUAUUGCAUUUUUAAUGUAGUUUAAAACGUUGUUUAUAUUUUAGUAAA